AUGAGCUACUUGGCUCCAACGACACCUUCUGAACUUGGAGUGGCAUGGAGAGUUCAUGUCGAAAGGCACAAGGACGAGCUCUUCGAAUGGGUGAGGGCAAAGUUGGGCUCCGAGCUGCGGGUGGUGCUCAUCGCGAACCGCAGCGACUCCAAGGACAGAGAGCGGCUGGAGCAGAUCCGCCCUACAGGGGCUUCGCAGGUGAAGGUUGCUCUCCUGCAGACACGACUCUCGCGCCUGCGGAUCCAGCAGGUCAUGGAGUCCCGUGGCAAUGCUGAAAGAUGGCGACCAGCCAUUUGCGAUUGGCUCGUUGCAUCCCGACUGCUUUUUGGAGAGGAGUCUGUCAGUCUCCGUCUUUGCGACACCUUGGAGGCAGGCCUUACUGGAGAGUCCAGAGCCAAGAGGUGCUUUGAUUGA